UGCAGGAUUCUUCUGGAUGUGUGAAUAUGGCUUUAAUGAGACGUUUACAUAUUGUCUGUGGAAUAAAAAAAAAAAAUUAGUCUUUUACACUUAAGCAAAAUAAAAAAUAAAUUAUACAUUCAGGAAAAAGACUGAACUAGUUACUACAUUUUGGCUAUUAAUUGUCCCACCGCUCUAUACGUCUCAGCACCUAUGUGGAGGUAUUCCAACUUAUACUGAGUCCUGGCACAUGAAGGGUCUUAUUUCCAUGCUGUAUAAUGAACUCUGUAUGGUGGUAAGUUGUAUUGUCUUCAGUGCAGGAAUUUGGUUGGAAGGGUUACCUUUGUGUCUUACCCCUGCUACACAUACUGCGUAACAAAAUCCAGAAUAUGGAAUAACAUAGUGACGUAAUUUAAUAUUACAGCCCCACCACCAAAAAAUCCGAGGACCCUGCCCCUGCAAAAUGGCCUCCGUUAUACAUUUGCAGGGCUACAGAAAAAUGGCCGCAAGCCAUCUCCACAGCCGAUGCAAGGGAUUUCUUUGGAAACUGGAUUGUGUGCGCAGUGCUCGGCGGAGGGAACGUAUCGCGGACAAGCUGCGGGUCACAUGGGUUCUUGAACGUGUAGAAAUACAUUACGGACAGGGGGACAUAGAAAAGAGUCGGACCGGCUACUUCCGGAGCGAGUGGUUGUCGGCUCAGUGAGUGCUCAGUGUUUCUUCAGUAAAGGAUCUGUCCUGCUGAUGUCUCUUCAGCAAAACAAUGUUCCUUUGUCUGACUGAUCGACUGAGGAUGGACAAGGACAGAAAAGACAUAGCUGACAGGGUAUUAAACCUCACCCUGGAGCUUAUUAACCUGCUGACUGGAGAGAAUUAUACAGUAGUAAAGAAAACAUCUGGAGAGUGUUUGACUUCCAGCAAUCAUCGUUAUAUAUCCAGAAGAUGGAGCAAAACCCAGAGUUCCAUUGUGGAGCCUCCACCGCAUGAGAGAAACCAUGAGAGAAACGACAAUGAGAAGAUCCUAGAACUCACCACCCAGAUCAUUGAGCUGCUCUCUGGAGAGGGUGAAGAUGUGGCUAAUGUUAAAGUGGAAGUAAUAACAGAAGAAGAAAUAUAUAUGAGAGGUGGCCAACAGUGUAAAGAGGAGGAAAUUCAUGUAGAUACCAGCCCAGAUGGACCUAGUAACAACAAUGCCCCUGCUCCUUCUCUCUGUGCCCAGUACUGGAAAGAAAACAAUCCUAGAAUCCCACAGGGUCAUCAGGAUUCUCAUUCUCCAGCCAUCUUCUGACUUCUGCACGGAUUGUUUACAUCCUGAACCAGGGCGAAGAUCUGUCUGAUAUUAAAGUGGAGACUAUAGAAGAAGACGAUGAAUGGGGGGAUUAUCAGUGUAAACUGGA